GUGCCGGUGGCGGACAACUGCGCGCCGAAUCCCGAGCACUUGAUGGCGGACGAGAAUUUGGCCGAUUUGUCGGACAUUCACGUGGUUAUAGUGGACGACCCGCUCGUUCUCGUGGUUCCCGAUUGCGGUCCAAAGACGACGACUUGUCGCCCGAAUUUUCGCCGUCUUUUCGAAGUCUUGAAAAUCUUUUUCUCCUCCGCAGCCCUCGCGACCUUCGAUGGAAGUCAGUCUUCGGACUACGAGGAGCUCCAGGCGUCGCCGAACUCGUUGUCGGCGCCGACGCUCGUGAAGAAGGCGCCGCCGAAAGCCAUUUACGUUUCGCCCGAUUUGGAGGACAUUCGCGACCAACAGUCGUAUGACGUCUUCCAUGACGUCGUUCGCGGCGCUAUUCUUAUGCCGAAAAUCAAGUUCUCGUUGCGAGACGACGACGACUGCAUCCGAGAGGCGGACGACGACAGCGAAGGACGACAACUGUCGCCCGGAGAGGCGGGAACGGCGGACGAGGACAUGGGCGGCGCGCAGACGCAGACAGUGGGUCCGCCGCGCCCGCGAAUGCUGCGCCCGACGCGCAAACGCCGAGUCCCGCGUCCGCCCGUCCGCGUCUUCCCGAACCCUCUCUUCAAGCGGACGAUCGAAGAGAUGAUUCCGUACUCGAAGAUCCCGUUCUCGGAAGACACGUAUAUCGUGAUGGCCGACGAUCCCGUCCUGGCCGUCGACGGCGUUCCCAAGUGUUCGGCCAAAGCCAUGGAGAACUCGAGUGGCGGCGGCGGCGACGCGAAGACGACAGAAGGCGGCGACAGUACGACAGCCGCCGGAGACUCGACGACCGCCGGCGACGACGACACGACGACAGAAGCUAAUGUAUUCGCGCUUUUCGUCCGCUUUUCUCACGCUUUUGUCCGCAAAACAGACUCCGAGUGUCGACCGCAAGUGUGGCGCCGGCCCUGCGACGGACUCGACGUCUUUUCGCGCAUUAAAUGCGUCGAAAAAUACGGAGAAAACACUUUAGAAGACAUUGUUUUGAACGGAAAUAAAGACUCGCUUUGUGUCAAACCAAAGACGCUUCCGGUCUUCGAAACGCCGCCUCCGCCGCCGCCUCUGGAGUGGGCGCCGCCCGUCCACGCGCUCCAACCUCGCGCCCUCCCGUUCCUCCCGCCCCCACCCCCUCCGCCACCCUUUCCUCCAUUCCUUCGACCGGAAAGACGUCUCAAUGACUGCAAUGACCGGAAGUUCGAUGAAAACUCUUUGGAAGACAUUGUGAUCACGAAGUCACUCUUUGCGCGCCUUUCGGACCAACACUUCGAGUGGUUUCCCGCCGAUCAGCGCGUGUUUGUGAACGGCGUUCCCAUUCUUCAGAGCGCCGGAAGUCAUGAGUCGACGGUUUUCGUGAUUCCUUCGAACGCGAAGUCCAACGAAAGCCUUCUUUGGACUCUUUGGGAAAGUGCGCGCCUUUUGCCGCCCGACCGCCAGAAAGAGGUGUUUGCGUCGAAGCAGUUGUUGGCGGCGCUGAAGGCGUCUUCCGUCGACUCGAAGGCCGUCGAGAAGGAGUUGGCGAAGACAAUAGAAAACGGCGACAACGCGCCAUCUGGUGGUGGCGGCGGCGGCGGCGGCGACGCGACGACAACCGAAGGCAGUGACAGUACGACAGCCGGCGACGACACGACGAAAGGCGAAGCGAAGACAGCGAAAGGCGGCGACAGUGCGACCGAAGACGGCGACGACGACACGACGACGACAGAGGCUCAGACGUCUCUCCAGUCGUCCACUAAUUCCCGAGUCUUCGACUUCGACGGCCUCGAGGAGAGUCUUGUGGACGACCGCUGCGACGACGCGGACGACGGCGAGGACGACGCGAGUGUUGCCGCGAGAGAGCACUCCUUCCAUCGCAUCCGAAACGCUUUGAUCCGCGACUCUCACAACCGUUCGGACGAUGACUUGGAUCUCAUUCACGACUUCCUGGCGCUCAUCGCGCGACAGAAGGCGACGACAGGCGACACGCGGUCGACGCUCAACGACAAGGACUAUCACACGCGCCGACUGCUCGCCAAACACAUGGUUUUGGCGGAAAUCGAGUCGCGCGACACUCGAGUCCUCACUCACGGCGAGCGUCUCGACGCCUACUGUGUUGUCGCGUGCGGUUCGCUGCGACACGUCGUCACCGGUUGUCACGAGUUGUCGCACACGACGGACGGCGACGACUCGUGCGUCGAUUGCGUGGACGGCGACUGCGGUGUCGUCUCUCCCGUUGUCGUGUCGUCGCCCGCUGUCGUCGAACCCAAAGUGCGAUUCCUGUCGGUUGGCGACGAGUUCGGCGCCUCUCUGGACGACAGAGUGGUGUUCGGCGAGAUCUACACGAAUGAGGACUUCGUUUGGGUGCUCUGCGUUCCGCACGUGGUUUUCGACGACAUUUGCGGCCAAAAGACGUUUCGCACGCUUUUCGACGACAACAACGAACUGGUGCUCGAGAUGCGCAACUCCGCCACCAAUGAGUUGGUGCGCGCGACCAAAGAGCGAUUGUUGGAACUGCUGUUCGACGACAACAGCGGCGACGCCAAGACGACAGAAGACGACACGUUUGUCGCCGACUUUCUGCUCACUUUCCGCCUCUUCUUCUCCUCGGAAUGCGUGGCCGAACUGCUCGCGCGUCUCGCAGACAAUCUCGCUUUGGAGCGCGCGGUCGACCGGAGUUUGAAAAUCGCGCUCUUCUGGAUCUCAAAUCACUUCCAGGACUUCGACCGCCAAUUGUUGCGCGCUCUCGAGGGCGCGCUUCACUCCAAAACCCACAAAAAGCUCUUCUACUUCACGCUCUCCUCCAAGUCUCGCGAGCGUCACGUGACGAUCACGCGGUCCGAGCGCGCGGCCGCCCUUCCCUUCGCGCUCGUCGGAGGAUACGAGUGUUCUUCGCGACUAUUCGUGAGUGAAGUGCACGACGAGUGCGCCGACUCCGCGGAUCUGCAGCGCGGCGACCGAUUGCUGUCCAUAAACGGCGUCGACUGUCACGUGAUGGAAGUGUCGCGCGCCCUACAGCUCUGCAAG